AUGUUGCCAGGAAAUCUUGGAGAUUCCUCGAUGAACCAUGAGAGGACAAAUGUACUUAUUAUGUACAGAAAAGUCACCGAUAUGAAGGCCCCAAGUUUAAGAGCGCGCCUAGUUAAGUGCACAUCUGAACGAAUACCCGAGUUUUUAUAUUUCGUUUCGUUCGCAUUUAAGACUGACAUCCGAUUGGAAGAUUGGUCCUUGGAUUUCGAGCAUUACCUCAAUGAUAAUGAAAUUCACCAUUCUCUCGACCUAUCAUCAUACGUUGACAGUCUUCCACUAAUGGAAGCAGCCAUCGAUUGGCAUCUUGCAGCCAUUCCAGAUCUUCCGCCCCUUCUGACCUUCAUUCCAACCAAUAUGCUUGCGGCAACUGCUACUUCUGACGUCACAGAACCAUAUCAAUCAAAUUUGGCCAGUCAAAAUGAUUUUACCCCCCUGCAUUUAUUUCCCCUUUUAUCUGAGGAGGUAGAAGGAGAAAUACAUUUUUCACCUUUUGCCAAUUCUACCGCAACGCUUCUACAAGGUGAGGAGUGCGAGAGAGAAGAAAAGAUCCGCAACUUUUCAUCCUCCGAUUCGAGUAAAACCUCAGAUGCUUGUUUUAUGUCGGCAGAUGAAGGUGAUUCAUUCGCUGAGGAGCUGUUUUACGAUCCUAUGAAGGUGGAAUCAAUGGAGGCACAUGAUGAAAAGCCGGAAGUUAUUUUAGGACUCACGAAUAAGGGAGAAGUUACUCCAGAAUUACGUCAUAUUUUAAAUGAGGUUGAAACCUGUGCAAAGGAAGAAACGAUCCUUUUCGACGACACCAAAGAAUCCCAAAAUGCUCUUUCCUUGAAUGAAAAAAGGCAAGCCGGUGCCACAGAAAUAUCGAAUGAAUUUGAUAGAACUUCUGAACCAGCGCUUUCAACGGAAUUUUUCAACAUGGUGGGCAUUGAUCAGAAGUCCGUUCUUCGAUUCGGCGAAAAACAUGAGGCUAUGGCGUUGAAUAAAGCUAAUUCAGAAGAAAAAUGGACCGAAGAUGCCUCCGUAGCGGAUGAAGAUAUGAUAAAAGGAACUAUUAAAGAGGCAGACGAUUCUUCACAUCAACCAAAGGAACAUGGUGACGAUGAUAAGAGAAAGAUUGCUUUGAAAUUUGAGGCAAACCAUUUCCUAGAGGGAACUCAAGAGUCUUCAGAAGAUAUGGGAUUCGAAGAGAAACCGAGUCUAUGGUUGAAUGCCGGAAGGGAGCCGAUAAUCAGUACAAAUCGUGUUGAUGGAACCGAAAUUGUUCUUUAUUUUCAAGGCACCUCAUUGGAAGACAAAUCUAUGGUACUUGAUGAAAAGAAGCAAGCAGGUAUAUCUGAAAUUUCUAGUGGAUUUAAUGAGGAUGAUAUUUUUGCACAUUCCGUCGACGUGUUCAAAGCGGGACUUUUUGAGUGCAGUCAGGUAGACGAUAACACAAACCCGGUUGUGAACGAUGAAGACUUAGUGUCUUCGGUAAAAGAUCCAUUUUCUGCCGAUAGCCAGAAAGCAAGUAUCCGUGACGUUGCUUCUGGAUUUGAUGAACAGUUGAUUGAAGAAAGAUCAAAAGAGGUUGUGGAAACAUCUGAACAGCAAGGUGGUUUUAAGCUAUUUUCAGAAGGAAUCGCUGUUGAAAUGAAUUUUGAAACCGAACAGAUCAAUGAAAGCACUCAUGAAACCUUUGAAAAAAUGCAUAUUGAGUUAUCAACACCCAUGAAUUUGAAUGUUGAGAAAGAGCCGCUAAAGGAUAGAUUCCAGGCAAGUAAAUUUGAAGUAGUUCCACAUUUUCACGAAGUGUUGACUAUACAUGUCGGCAAACUAUUAAUCGAGGAACAAAGGCAAGCUGGAUCAUCAGAAAUGUCCUGCACUUUCCAUAAAGCCGAUAGUUUGUCAUCAGCCGAAGACUCUUUUCAUCAAAUCAUAGUGGCAGGAAGUCAAAAGAACGAGGGCACUCAUACAGGCACCCUUAGGACUGUUCAAGUUUCAUCAUUUGAAGUUUUUGCACUUCAGGAGUCUCUGAUCAAGGAUUUCCCUGAAAACACACUUACAAUUGAUGAUGUCACCGCAGAAACCACGAUGGAUGAAAUUGUGGAAGCAUCCAUAAAAAAAGAAAAGAUCAAAAAAGAAGAGUUUCAAAACUUGAAAUACGAGAUGGAACAAAUACAUAAAACUGCUGUCGAUUACUCGGAGGAAAUAAAUUUAAGUGAGAAACCCAGCCAAAAUUUGAUUACUCAAGCGGAACCACUGAAAGACAGAGUUCAGGUUGGUGAAUCUGAAUCUGUCCAGUCUUUUACUGAUUCGUUAUCUCCAAAAGACAGUGAACUUUUGCUAAACGCAAAGAAACAGGCUGGUUCUUCCGAAAUAUCCAGUUCUUUUGUUAAAAAUGAAGAACCUGUAGCUUCCAAAGGCGUAUCCAGUAAGGCGCUCCUGGGAAAAAAUAGAACACAUGGAGAAGGUAGAUCAGUCCUUCUUAACACAGAUGUGGUUCUAAUUAGCGAAGACCCCUCGAUAAAAGAGCAGCAGGGAGCUGGGUUGGCUGAAAUAGCAUCGGUGUUUGAUGAGGUGGUUGUAGAGGAAAAAUCCGCUGAAUCAUUGCUUCACCUGCUAGAAAACCAAGACCUUCUUCAAGAAUCAAAAUGUGGCAAACCACCGUUGAAAUUCGGAACAGAGCAAACUAAAAAAGAUGAGCUGGAGAUGUCAGAAGAAUUGCGUAUGAAGGAGGAAUUCGGUCAAACUAUAGUUUCACAUACAAAACCAAUAAUGGGCAAACUUUUCCCUGGAGGAUCGGAAUCUGUUUCGCAUUUCCACGAAAUUCCAGCUGAAAAUGCAGCAAUUUCGCUUGACGAAAAGGAGCAAGUUGGAUCAUUUGAAAUGUCCAGCGCCUUCACCUGUAACGAUGAAAUUUUCCAUUCCACCGAAACAUUUGACGGACCCGUGACAGAAGGAAACAGAGCUGCUGUUUUCAGCUUAAAGAUUUUGGAUUUCAAGGCCAUUGUUCCUUCUCAAAAAGAAAAUACCGUUCAGGAAAUUCAAGGUGGGGUAUGGGUUAACCCUACACGGCAAGAAACAGUCUUGAGUACGGAAUUGGAAGAAUUGGAAGAGAAUAAUUUCGCAGACUUGGUGCCCCUUAAAGAUAACCGGAAGGCGGAUUUAUCACAGAUCAUUGUAAACACAGAUGGAUUCCACGUCAAAAAAUCGGAUUUUGCGGAUGGUGAAAAUGUCAACUGUUCAAACCAAGUCAUCAUAUCGGACGUUUCAAUCGUCCAUGAGAAAUCAGUCGUGGGGGAGGGAGAACGGUCUACCGAAUUUGAAGGUGAAAAGGUCUCCAUCGACCUCCAAUCUCCAACCGAAAACAUUGAGCACUUUUGUAAGGAAGAGAUUGCUACAGUUAUUUUGCAUCCAGGGACCCAUUCAGCCGAGUAUCAUCUGCCACAGAAUCUGGAAUUCCACACUUUCGAACAGCCCUUUAAUUUACUCGAGAAAUACAGCGAUUUUGAGGAACACGUAAUUAAGGGAAUGCAGCAGAGUUUUGACGGCAGAAUGACUACUCUAUCCACAGAAAUUGUUGUUUCCGAUGACGAUCAAUCCCAGGCCGAACAAUGCACAAUUCAUGAACCCUCUACUGAAGGUUAG